CAAUCAAAAUAUUUUAUAUUAGGAACAAGAAAAAUUAAAUUUUCAAUUCAAUUCAAUUCAAAAAUGCAAUCAUCAUCAUGAAACAAUUUAAUUUGGUUUGAUUUUGGCUAAAUAUUUUGUGUCUGUUAUUGUUGCAUCACUUCAUUUCUACAUUCAGCAGGUAAAUAAAGUUUAGUUUGGAUAUCGGUCACAUGUGCCAACUGGUUUCUGUUUACUGCUGCCAUCAAUAUGAAUUUUUGGCCAAUCAGGUCAGUCAGCGUAUGACUCGUGAGAAUGCUGAUGUCGCCUCAGGUCUGAUAAGCAGUUGGCAGCUAAGCUGGACAAAGCAGAGAGCUCUGAUUGGCUGAUGUUUGGCAGGGUUUGGGGUUAAAACAGCAGCUCAGUCCUUCAGCUCAUCAUCAUCGACACCAUGGCCUUCCUCUGGAUUGUCUCCUGCCUCGCCUUUGUCAGCGCCACCUAUGGGUGUGGAACCCCUGCCAUCCCUCCACAGGUCAGUGGCUACGCCCGCAUUGUCAAUGGUGAGGAGGCAGUGCCUCACUCAUGGCCCUGGCAGGUGUCUCUGCAGCAAUCCAACGGCUUUCACUUCUGUGGUGGAUCACUGAUCAACGAGAACUGGGUGGUGACUGCUGCUCACUGCAACGUCAGGACUUACCACCGUGUGAUUGCAGGAGAACAUGACAAGGGUUAUGGCUCCAAUGAGGACAUCCAGCUGCUGAAACCCGCUAAGGUGUUCACUCACCCCCAGUGGAACCCCCGUACCAUCAACAAUGACAUCGCCCUCAUUAAGCUGGCCACCCCUGCCCGCUUGGGCACCAACGUGUCCCCCGUCUGCCUCGCCGAGUCCAGCGAUGUAUUCAGUGCUGGUAUGACCUGCGUCACCUCUGGCUGGGGUCUGACCCGCUAUAACGCUCCCAAUACUCCCAACAAGCUGCAGCAGGCAGCUCUGCCACUGCUGUCCAACGAGCAGUGCAAGAGACACUGGGGCAGCAACAUCUCCAAUGUGAUGAUCUGUGCUGGAGGAGCUGGAGCCACCUCCUGCAUGGGUGAUUCUGGCGGUCCUCUGGUCUGUGAGAAGGACAACGCCUGGACUCUGGUCGGUAUUGUGUCCUGGGGAAGCAGCCGCUGCUCCACCUCCACCCCAGCCGUCUAUGCCCGUGUCACUGAGCUCCGUGACUGGGUGGACCAGAUUCUUGCCGCCAACUGAACCCUCAGAGGUUAUACUGCCACUGUGGAGGGCAACCAAUGAACCGCCCCAAACCAAGCUGUAAAUCCCACCUCAGUGUGUAGCCAGUGAGUGGUAAUAAAAAAAGCCCUGAACAUCAGCAA